AUGAGGGGGACAGUGAUAGAGAGAGAAAGCAUCAAAAGCUUCUGGAAGCAAUCAGUUCCCUUGAUGGAAAGAAUAGGAUCAGGAGAAAAGCUGGUCCUUGCAGAUCUCCUUGAGCCUGUUAAAACUACUUCUUCUUUGGCCACUGUGAAAAAGCAACUGAAUAGAGUCAAAUCAAAGAAGGUGGUGGAGUUACCUCUUAACAAAGAAAAGAUUGAACAGAUCCACAGAGAAGUAGCAUUCGGUAAAACCUCACAAGUCCUCUCUAAAUGGGACCCUAUCGUCCUGAAGAACCAGCAGGCAGAGCAGCUGGCUUUUCCCCUGGGGAAGGAGCAGCCAGCCAUUGCUCCCAUUGAACAUGCGCUCAGUGGCUGGAAGGCAAGAACUCCCCUGGAGCAGGAAAUUUUUAACCUCCUCCAUAAGAACAAGCAGCCAGUAACAGACCCUUUACUGACUCCCAUGGAAAAGGCCUCUCUCCGAGCCAUGAGUCUGGAAGAGGCAAAGAUGCACCGAGCAGAGCUUCAAAGGGCUCGGGCUCUGCAGUCCUACUAUGAGGCCAAGGCUCGAAGAGAGAAGAAAAUCAAAAGUAAAAAGUAUCACAAAGUCGUGAAGAAAGGAAAGGCCAGGAAAGCCUCAAAAGAGUUGGAGCAGCUGCAGAAGGUUAAUCCAACUGUGGCAUUGGAAGAACUGGAAAAAUUUGAAAAUGCCAGAAUGAUGGAAAGAAUGAGCCUUAAGCACCAAAACAGUGGGAAAUGGGCCAAGUCAAAGGCAAUUAUGGCAAAAUAUGACCUGGAGGCUCGCCAAGCUAUGCAGGAACAGUUGGCCAAGAACAAAGAACUGACACAGAAACUCCAGGUAGCCUCUGAGAUUGAGGAAGAGGAGGGAGGCACAGAAGAAGUGGAAGAACUCCUUGUCCCCCAUGUAGUGAAUGAAGUCCAGAUGAAUGUGGACGGACCGAAUCCCUGGAUGCUCAGAAGCUGCACCAGUGACACCAGAGAGGCUGCAACCCAGGAGGACCCUGAGCAACUGCCAGAGCCUGCGACCCAUGAGGUUUCUGAAAGUGAGGGAGAAAGACCAGUGGCAGAGGAAGAAAUUUCGUUGAGAGACUUUGAGGAGAGGCGAUCCCUUAGAAAAAGAUCUGAGCUCAACCAGGAUGCUGAGCCAGCAGGCAUUCAAGAAACAAAAGAUUCUAGCAGCCAGGAGGUGCUGUCUGAAUUGAGGGCACUAUCUCAGAAAUUGAAGGAAAACCAUCAGUCCAGGAAGCAAAAAGCAAGUUCAGAGGGGACUGUUCCCCAGGUCCAGAGAGAGGAACCUGCCCCAGAAGAAGAGGUGCCCCUGUUGCUACAGAGGCCAGAGAGAGUACAAACUCUGGAAGAGCUAGAAGAGCUGGGAAAAGAAGAUUGUUUUCAAAAUAAGGAGCUUCCCAGACCUGUGUUAGAAGGGCAGCAGUCAGAGAGGACCCCAAAUAAUCGGCCUGAUGCCCCUAAGGAGAAGAAAGAGAAGGAGCAACUGAUCGACGUACAGAACUUCCUAACUACACAGUCUCCUUCCGUGAGGUCUUUGGCAGUUCCCACAACAAUAGAGGAGCUGGAAGAUGAAGAGGAGAGAGACCAAAGGCAGAUGAUAAAGGAAGCUUUUGCUGGGGAUGAUGUCAUCAGAAAUUUCUUGAAAGAGAAGAGAGAAGCUGUGGAGGCGAGUACGCCAAAGGACGUGGACCUGACACUACCUGGCUGGGGCGAGUGGGGUGGUGUGGGCCUAAAGCCUAGUACCAAGAAAAGACGCCAGUUUCUCAAAGCCCCUGAGGGUCCUCCAAGAAAAGAUAAGAAUUUGCCAAAUGUGAUUAUCAGUGAGAAGCGCAACAUCCACGCAGCAGCUCAUCAGGUACAAGUGCUUCCAUAUCCAUUUACCCACCAUCGGCAAUUUGAAAGGACCAUCCAGACCCCUGUAGGAUCCACAUGGAACACCCAGAGGGCUUUCCAAAAGCUGACUACUCCCAAGGUCAUCACCAAGCCAGGUCAUAUCAUUAAGCCCAUAAAAGCAGAGGAUGUGGGCUACCGGUCUUCCUCAAGGUCAGACCUGUCUGUCAUACAGUGGAAUCCAAAACAAAUCACCACACGUCACAGUAAAGAGUUGAAGAAAAACUCUGUAGGUUGAGUAGCUGGAAAAGUGACAGCUAGGAGUUCUGAUUCCACUUCCUUUGGUCCAGUUUUACUCUGCUACAGGGUGGAUUCCAGAACUGGCUCAGCACAUUGCAUGUAGUUGAGCCACAUUUUUAAAAAAAGAAAAUGGAUGACCAUUAAUUGACUAGCAUUUUAGAAUUGAUCAGACAUUAGAACACAGAAAAAUGCUGGUACAUUUACAUUCUAAACAAUACAGUGGAUGACCCUUUUGAAUAUACCUAAUGAUUUCCUUUAAAAAGAAAUUUUAAACAGACUUGUGUAAUCAUGUUCUCAAAGCAUACAGUCAAGAGGUGGGACUGACUGAUGCUUUAUAGGUGUGUGUAGGGCAGUAGAGGCCAAGGUGCUGCCAACAGUCCUUUCCAUACUAGGUACUGGUGAAAAUUGUUUUUGUUUAGUGCUAUCAGCACAUUUGUGUGGGUCUCAUUAUCGCUUGACAGUACCGCAUCUCAGCCUGGAAGUCAGGUUUAAGUCAUUCAAGAGAACCUCAAGUUGUUUUUCUGACAGUGAUGAUGUGGUAUACAGAUACAUCCACAGGGUAUUUAUUAUCUAUUACCAGCAUAAUGCAUUGUCAGAUGGCAAGGUGGCAUUUUGAAAAGAGCACUGGGCAAGCAGUUAGCAUAUCUGGGCCUACCUUCAGCUUCAUCAUUUACAAACUUCUGACCUUUUGACACUAAAACUGCUCCUUUAUCUUUCUGAGUCUCAGAUUCUUCAUCUGUAAUCUGGAGUUGUUAAUUCCAGUCCUUACUACCUUUUGGAGUUGGAAUAAUGAGAUGGAAAGUGGAUGAAAGUACUUUGAAAAUUAUGACAGUUAAGGGCCGGGAGCAGUGGCUCACGCCUGUAAUCCCAACACCUUGGGAGGCCAAGGCAGGUAGAUCAUGAGGUCAGCAGUUAGAGACCAGCCUGAACAACAUGGUGAAACCCUGUAUGUACUAAAAAUACAAAAAAAAAUAGCUGGAUCUGGUGGCGGGUGCCUGUAAUCCCAGCUACUUGAGAGGCUGAGGCAAGAGAAUCACUUGAAACCAGGAGGCAGAGGUUGCAGUAAGCCAAGAUUGUGCCACUGCACUCUAGCCUGGGCAAUAAGCAAAACUCUGUCUCAAAAAAAAAAAAAAAAAAAAAAUUAUGACAGUUACUUAAAGGGAGCAUUACAUACUAAAUGUCUUCUAUAAUCCAAUCUUUAUUAAUGCAUUACAACUCUAUGUAGAUUCUUAGUUACUCGGCCAGUAGCUAGGAAUUGGUAUAAAUUUAAUGCACCUUCUAUCCUGAAUAACUAGCAUGGAAAAUUGAAUAUAUGUGUGAGCAGAUACGGCUGUAAAAACCUAUAGCUUUUGCAUUUUCUGCUUAUAUAAUCCUUUCUAGUUCAGUGAAUUGACCCCAUCCAUAGCCUGAUUCAUCUUUGUGUUAAGGGGCAAAUGAAAGGGUACAUUAUUCCUUUGCACUCUUCUCUCAGUCACUUAUCAAUGUGGCCAGCUUAUCUACUCCCAGUUAUGUUAUUCAUACGUCUCCAGGCCAUCUGUCAUCAGAUCAAAAAGCAAACAGAGGACCAGUCACAGGAUGUUCUGACACACCAUUGUAACUUUGUGUUAGAGAUGAUUCCAUUUAGAAAAAGACGGGUAGAAAUUGGAGUGAAAGGAACCCUACGGAUUAGCCCAGUUCUCUCUUAUUUUCAGCUUUACAGACCAGAACAAUUUAAAUCUAAAGAAUUUAGUAGACUCCUUCAGUGCCACAAAGCUGUUCCAUGAAAGAAUCAAGAUUAUAACCUGGAUAUUCUGACUCCUGGCCCAGUGCUUUUUCUUACUUUGUAGCUACACUUUGAAGUAAGAUUCAAACUGUUACCCACUCAACUGCCUUAUUCCUGAGGAGGUAGUGAAGGAAGAAAAAGUUUUCUGGGAUUCCAUAAACUAUAAGCUUAUUUCUUUAAAAUUAUUUUCAUACAUCACAGAUAUGUCAUUGGAAGAUAUAAUUUGCAUAUGAUGAUUAUCAGUGUUCGUAAUGUGGUAUAUGUCUUCUAUUUUUUUCUGAAUGAUAGCAUGAAAAGUGUCAAAAUGGCUUGUCUGCUAGCGUCUGUCUGCAGAACUUUCAGAAUGACUGUUCCUCUCAGACAUCAUUUUUGAGUGGUCCAAGCCUGCUAUGUUUUGAACCCACAGCAGUGGAGGUUUGUAUUCUUAUUUACACUUGUGUACUAUAAAGUAUGUGUUACAUAGGUUUUGUGUAAUUAUUAUUCGUAAAUAUGAUUUAAUUUGUAUUAAGACAUGAUUUAGAUCUAAUAGAUACAAAGUCUGUGUCUAAAUAUUAUUUAAAGAAGUGAUUUUUCAUUCUCUUGGAUUCUUUCCUUUUAUAUGCCUCACAUAGUCUCCUUGUUCUACUAAUAUUCCCAAGCUCCAUAGCCAAUUAAAGAAGAAAGAUAAAUAAAAGUUUGUCUUGCUUGUGAAACAUUAAGAAGAGGCUGUCAGGUUUAAUAAACUUUUUAAUGAAUAUUUUGGACAUAAACUGCAGAGCUUCGUACACUUGAUUUAAAUAAUUCUCGAGGGAUUUUAUAAGGUCAUCUUAUACGCAAAAUUGUGAGAUAGAGACCAGUGUGAUUAUCAAUAAAGAAUAUUUGUGUUUAUGUAAAUAAA